AUGGGGGCCGUGCUAGCCGUCUGGAGGGUCUUUGUCGACGUCGUCGCCUUCUGGCAAAAGAAGCUCGUUAGCUGGUACCGCCGCAAGAACCCGGUCGAGCUAUGGCUGGAUCUGCUGCGCAACGCCGAGACGUUCGAGGAGUGGGAGGAGGCUGCCCUUCACCUGGACAGCCUCCUGGGACUCGAUCUAUGGAGAAACAAUCCGACGUCCCGAUACUACGACUGGAGGCUCAUCACGGACCGGCUCAACUCCCUCGUCAUAGCUAGGGAGGAGUACAACUUCCAGCUGCUCGUCAACCUCCUCCGCUCCGGCCUCGUGCGAAGCUUCGGCAACAUCACCGUCCCCAAGCUCUACAAUCGAUCCUUUUCCGGCACCAAGUACCUGAUUGACGAGUACAUCACGCAGGUGGCCGAGGCCGUCGAGGACAUCAGCACGCUGCCCACGGCCUUUAGCACGGGCUUCCACGGCGGGGCGGUCGCGCUGACGAACCAGACCAAGCUGGACUUUAUCCAUGACACGAGACAGGCUUUUGGCCGUAGCACGCUGGUCCUCCAGGGCGGCGCCAUCUUCGGCCUGUGCCAUCUCGGCGUCGUCAAGGCCCUGUUCCUCCGGGGCCUGCUCCCGCGCAUCAUCACGGGCAUCGCAACCGGGGCCCUGAUCGCGGCGCUGGUGGCCAUCCACACCGAGGACGAGUUGCCCAAUAUCCUCGAGGCCGACGGCAUCGACCUGACGGCAUUUACCGGCAAGGCCAAGGUGGAAUCGCGGGAGCAGACGUUUCGCUCGAGGUGGGAUACGCUGAUGCGCCGGAUCCGCCGCUUUUCUCGCGACGGGUACUUUCUGGACGUGACGGUGCUCGAGGCCUGCGUGCGGGCCAACGUGGGUGACUUGACGUUUGAGGAGGCCUACAACCGCAGCAAACGGAUCCUCAACAUCACGGUCGCGACCGAGGGCCAGGGCGGCGUGCCGACGCUGCUCAACUACAUCACAGCGCCCAACGUGCUAAUCUGGACGGCUGCCAUUGCGUCCAACGCGUCGUCGCCGUCGCUAUACGGCCGGCGCAAGGUCAUGAUUCUGUGCAAGGACGCUGGCGGCAACAUUGUCCCGUGGGCACCGGCCAAUACCAUCGACUUCCGGCACUGGACGCACGCGUCUUACUCGGAUCGCGACUCGCCGCUGCGACGGAUAUCGGAGCUCUUCAACGUCAACCACUUCAUCGUCAGCCAGGCGCGGCCGUAUCUGAUACCUUUCCUGCAGUCGGACAUGCACGGGCCGUCGCUGGUGGAAGCGCGCAGCAGGACGACGCAGCUGUCGGCGUUUUUCGUGCGCAUGGUCGGGGUUGAGGUCCGGCACCGGCUCCGACAGCUGGACACGCUGCGGCUGCUGCCGUCGAGCAUCCGGCGGUUCCUGGUGGACGAGCAGGUGCCGGCGGCGUCGAUGGCGCUGGUGCCCGAGGUGACGGCGGGCGACUUUGUGCGGCUGCUGGAGACGCCGACGCGCGAGACGCUCGACUACUGGAUCCUCAAGGGCGAGAGGAGCGUGUGGCCGGCCGUGGCGGCGCUGCGGAUCCGGUGCGCGGUGGAGAAUGAGCUGGACCGGUCGUACCAGGCGGUGCGGAAGCUCAAGGCAGGGGAUCUGAGGAGGAAGGGGAGCAUAGCGGCGGCGAAUGACCAGGAUGGCAAGACCACGUAG